UUAUAUACUGAUAUGCACACAUUUUUAUAUUUGUUCUCAUUUGGCCUUCCAAACGCAAGAGCUAAAAUCUUUAAUUACUAUGAAGGACAUCACGCGUUUGAUAUCAUAUAAAAUGAAUCACUUUUUAAUGUACUCGUACAUUAUUCUGCUACUACUUUGGAAUACAUUGACAGAAAAUGCUGCAACAGUGGAUUGUUUUCUUUGUUUGCUUGUGGCUGCCUCUUGCUGAGAUGUUUAGCCCAGUGCCACAGCCGGAUAUGAUGCAAGGUGGAGCUGAUAAAAUGAAACAUGAUGCGAUGGAGAUGAAAGACAAAGCAGUAGAGGCUAAAAAGGAACUCGACGAAGAGGAAUUGACGGAACAGCAGUUCUACGAAUGUUUUGCCGAUGUCAACUGCGAUUUAGGAGAUGCAGUGAGGGAAGAACUUUUUGAUUGCUGGCGCAUAAAUACACCAGAGGAACUAGACGAGUAUUCGAAACUAUUCGGAGACAGUCCUGUCGGAAACUUUACAAAACUUACUCCUACUGGAGUCAAUGAAGAUUUCUGUGUAUUGGACGAUUACGAUCAGAGGAAAGUGAACGAUCAUUUUGCAGCUAAGGCAUCAGAAACAAUUAAGGAGAUCUGUGGAAGUCCUAAAGUAAGAGAUAAAUGCAAGCGUCUCAAGGAAACUGCACAAUGUGUCAUGCAGCUUUUGGAGAAGUACAUAGCCAAUGGACAGUGUGAGACGAUAGUUGCAGAAAUGGAAGGUAUGGAACCGAUGAAAGAAAUGGGUGGCAAGUAGUUGAAGAGCGUACUGGAUCUUAGCUACUGAGAAUUGAAAUACAAAAUAAAUAAAUGCUUGCACUU